UUGCCUUCAUUUAAUUGUUUACUAGUUUGUUCCAUUCGGUUCUUGGACGACUUGAACUUGAACCUAACCUUCAUAGUCUUUGUUGAUUGAUAAAACUUAACGCUUUGCGCAAUAUUUCGGAGUACUUUUUGUUCCAGCGAUGGAUAUUUUAAAUAAAGGAGAAAGUGUUCUAGUUAUUUGGGAGACUGGAAAUAAAUCUGAAAAGUUAAAAGAGUUUGUGGAAGAAUGUAAAAAGGUUGUUGGUGAUACAGGGAAAAUUUAUGUGGAAAAUGCGCAACGUUUAUCAAUGGCGUCGCUGCCGGCGUCCAGCGUAGACGCGGUGCUCUCGGGACUGCACCCCCAGGAGGUGAGGCACGACGUGGGUCUGCUGGGAGAGGUGGUGCGCGUGCUGCGUCCUCGUGGCCGCCUGGUGCUGCAGGAGGUGCUCAGCGCGGCCCAGACGCGCGAGCGACUGCUGAGCGUGCUGACCAUGAGCGGGCUGGCGAGGCCCACCAGCGUCCGUGCCGUGCCGCUGCCCCCCGAGGAGCCCCCGCGCCUCGAAGUGCGCUGCGCCAAGCCUGACUUCGAGGUCGGCUCCUCUGCCAAGCUGUCGUUCCCCGGCGCAGUGACGCAGCGCGCCGAGGUGGCGGCCGUGUGGAAGCUGGACGACACGGUCGAUGACGACAUCGAGACGAUGGACCCGGACGAGCUGCUGGACGAUGACGACCUCAAGAAGCCGGACCCUGGUUCGCUGAGGGUGUGCGCGACGUCCGGCAAGCGCAAGGCGUGCAAGAACUGCUCGUGCGGCCUGGCGGAGGAGCUGGCGGCCGGGGGCAAGCCAGCGCAGAAGACUGCCACCUCCUCCUGUGGCAGCUGCUACCUGGGGGACGCAUUCCGCUGUGCCAGCUGCCCCUACCUGGGCAUGCCGGCCUUCAAGCCCGGGGAGAAGGUGCAGCUCGCGGAGCGGCAGCUCAGGGCCGACGUGUAGGCGUGCCCUUGCCGUGCCCUCGCCGUGCUGUGGUCGCGCCGUGAAGAGCGGUGCUCUGUGCUAUUGCGCUCUCUUUGGCCAGCUGUUUUGUUCCUUACACCACUUUUUUAAGUUUCAGAAAGGCACCAAACAUUUUUGUUUUUGAAAUGUAUCUAAACAUUUGUAUGCUGUAUGGGAUGAAAUUAAAUUAAAUAUAUUAUAUAUAUCAAAA